UAGAGUUAGAAAGUUUUAUGUUCAUUUAUUAACUAUACUGAUUACCAUUAUUUCCAUUGGUUAAUUUUGAAAAUGAAACUUAGAAAUGGCCGCCAAAUAUUAUUUUUCCGUGAAAUGAAUUUAUUAUUUUCUGUUUUAUGACUGUGUUUAUUUACAACAAAAGAACGCUUAUGUUUAAUGUCUGGAAUGCAUUGAUAAAAGCAUUCAUAUUAUACUUGCACAUAUUUUAUUGGAAAUCAUAUUUUUAUAAUUGCUUCCAAAAUAUUAAACAAAAAUAAUGGAAAAAUACCAACAUAUGAGAACUUUCAUAUCAGCGGUUGUGGAAUAUACGAAACAUCCAAGUGAAACAACUGUCUCGGUUUUGCAACGAAAUCUCGGUGUAAUAAGUGCCUCAUUGGAUUUGAGUAUAUUCGACCCUGGAACCAGUAUAGCGGCUGAAUUUUAUGUUAGUCUACAUGAACUUAUGAAUUCUUUGGCAUCUAGAACCACUUUGAUUUGGAGUGCUGUUGAUGUCUUACAAAAUGCCUGUCGAAAUGCUAGUGCAAGACAAGCUUUGAUUCAUACCUAUAAGUUUGCUCCCAUAUUGGCAAGAUUAUUAGAGGCUAAUUUAACAAGCGAAAAAAGAGUAAGAGUAUUAAAACUACUUCAAGAAUUGACAUAUGGUAUAAAAAUUUCUUGGCAAGAAGCUCAUUUACCUUAUUUAAUAUCGAUAUUGACACAAUGGGUAACACAGUCCAAAGAAGAAGACAUUAUUGCACUCUCAUUAGGUGUAUUAGUAAAUCUAUGUUACAAAAACCUUCCAGCUGUAUAUACCUUAAUGAGAACAAUUGACACAAAAGCAUUUAUACGGACAUUAUUAAAACUGCAGCAUUGUAGUGUAAAUACCAGUGUGCAAUGUUGUAAACUUUUAAUUAUAUUAGAGCAUACAAAUACAAACAUUUCAGAAAAAUAUAUUUUGGAUUUUGCUGCUGUUACAUUUAGCAGCCUAGUUACUGCAAUGAAACAAAAGGAUGUUCUAUUACUUCGACAUAUUAUAGAUUUCUUUCAAGAUGUUGGGCACAAUGAACAUUCUCAUUCUGUAUUGCUUACAUAUCCACAUUAUGGAAAAGAUGUAGAAAAUGUAUUGGCUACAUUAGAAGACAAUGAACCGGACCCAGAAUGUGUUACUCUUAUGAUGGAAUUUUUGUCAUCAUUGGUAAAAUUAAAAUUGUCUGCUUUAGUACCUUUGUAUCCUUCAUGCGUAAAAACAGCUAUGACUUGGGUUCCUGUAGAACAGGUGUGUUCUAAGGCAUUAUCUUUAAUAAGGGUCACAGUUAUUGAUGCAAGACGUACUAAAACAUUUUCUGAAGUAUUAGCAGAACUUGAUGCUUCUGUUUUAAUGCUUAUAAUAAAUUCAGUAAAUGAAGAAAUUCAAGAGAAACAUGAAUUAAGUUCGGAAACAGAAAUGAGAUUAGCAGAAUUAAUGCAAUUAUUUCAAGAAAUGGUCAAAAUAUCAACACUUAGAACAAAAGUAAUGCAGUUCUUAAAUGAACAAAUGAUAUAUAAAUUGUUAAGUCCAGUGAUGGAUACUGAAGUGUGUGUCACUGGUGACUGGCCAGGAAAUUUUAUUCAAAAUCCCACUACAAAUUUGUGUAUACAUGCAUUAGCUUUGACUGCUGAUUUGGCAACUAAUAAUUCACAAUGGUUAACAGCAUAUUCUGAGUUACUUAGAAAUAAACAGAUUCAAAUGACAAUGGCACAUGCGUUGUUUACAGGCGAUGGAGAUAUUAAACAAAAAGUUUUGCAGUUAACAUCAACUGUAGGAUUUCCUCAGGAAUGUGUUUCCGCGUUGGCGUUAUGUAUGAAGCAACUGGAACCUCUAAUAUUAAUACAAAGUUCUCCUGGGAUGGCUCCAAAUAUUGGAAAUAAAAUAUCCAUAAAUUCAAAUACAGAAAUGGCUCCACUUUUUUCUUUUGCACAAGAAGAACGGCUUGAUACAUUUUUAGCAAAAUUACAAAGAGCUUAUGAAUCAAAUCAAAUCAGUGACAUCACCACAUCAGCGGUAAUGGAAUUAUAUGAAUACAAGUUAGCAGCAAUGAGACACGCAGAACGUGCAAUGCAAUCUAGUUUAGAGGCAGCAAACAAUCAUGGAAUCAGUUUACAACACAGAUUAGCACAAGUAGUAGCUGAAUCAAGUCGCUUGCAUCAAAUGCUGUUUGAUUCGCAACAAUGUUUAGAAGGAGUGAAAUCUACAUUAACUGUGAAACUUGCUGAAGUAGAAGAGCAGAGUAAGAAAGCUGUUGCUGUUAAAAAACAAGAAAUUGAAGGACUGAAAAAAAUAGUAACAGAAAAAUCUACUAACAUUGAUCAUUUAAAUAUAUUGCUUGUGCAACAUAAACAUGAUUUAGAAAGCAGUAAUAAUAAAAUUGAAGUAUUAACUAAAAAAAUAAAAGAACUAGAAAUUGAAUGUAUAAACUCAAACGCAAAAAUUACGGAUAUGGUUAACAAGAAUCACGAAAUAAGCAAGCUUCUCCAUAAAAUGCAAGAACAACUUAAUAAAAAGGAACAGGUUAUAGAACAAAAAACUGCAGAAAUUCAAUCUAAUCAAAAAGAUAUUUCUGCACUUAAACAAGAAACUCAACAAUUAUUGCAAUUAGUGCAUACAUAUGAACAAAAUAUUGCAGAAAAGGAAGAAGCUCUUAAAAAAAUGAGCGCAGAAUUAACGGAUUUAAGUCGCAUGCGAGAUAUGAUUUUCGAACUUACUGCCAAGAAAAAGGAGGAUUUAAGCACAAUAAAUUGAUUGCUUGGGAACACUUUUAUGAAUAAUUAGCAAAUGUUUAUUGACGAGAAAGAAAGAGUAUGAUCAUUAGUAAGUAAUCAUAUUUAACUCUUAAGGUGUAAAGCAAAUCAUAACAAAGCUCUUUUGUUUCAAGUUAUUCUCUAUUAUAUAAGUUGUACGCAAUAAUCACAAUUUUAAAAUGUGUUUCUAAAUUAUUAAAUAGUUACCUACAAAAAAAGUAACAAUUUUACUUGAUAUUUAAGAAUUUCAUUUAUAAAAUUCUGUUGCCUCGACUUAAUUAUAUCUUACUAUUAAUACCGUCAUUUUUCUUAUUUUCUGAGAGAAAUUUGUGUCAUUAUCCUUGGCAUUAUUUUAAAUUUACAUAUCACCUUAUUAUUACCUAUAUUCAUAAUAAGUAGUAACAUAAAAUUUAUAUCCUGUAUAAUUUAAUCGCACAAAAAAUGUGCGCAUUUAUUACUUUUUAUUAUCAUCAAACAAAAAUAAAAUUGUUCAUUCAGAUAUUAUAUCUUGUUUCAUGCCAAUCAUUUUUAAAUGACUGUUUU